AUGAAACAAAAUCUUUUUCAACUACAAGUAUUAUCUUUAAGUUGUACAUUUAUUAGAUGUCAUCAUUAUUUUCGACUUUUUAAUAAAAAUUUUAAAAGAACUUCCUCAAUUUCAUCAAUUUUUAAUUCUACAAUAAUUAAUGCUGCAUUAAAUGAACAUUUUUUGCUUGCAAUUAAUGAAGAAGGAAAGUUGUUGGGGUUGAGUGAUAAUUUUAGUCAAGAUAGAGAGCCAAUUUCAACGGUAAGAAGGCUUACAAAUCUUCUAAUUCCGAAUUUUCUAAAAAAGAUUGAAUGGAUGGCUCAGAGUGACUCUCUGUUUGACUUAAUAGAUAUAAGGGAUCACCAGUUAUUACAAGAAACUUUUUUCAACGAAAAUGGAUAUCUAGAAAGAAUAUCUCAAAGCAACGAAAUUACAUUUGUGUGUCGUUGGAGGCCACCAAAAUUGGGUGGGGUUACAAAAAGGCAGCCUGAUUGGAAUGGAAAACCAACAAUUGUUAACGGGUAUUUUAUUUCAUUUCAAAAUGAUAAAAGAAUGUUUGUUGGAUUUUGCCGUCCACUUUUAUUCAGCAAAAGUUGCUUCAACAGAAAUUACAACGAUCCUUCAAUAAUGAAAUUUUGGAUGGAUAAAAAGCUAAGGAUAGAGGCUUUAUGCCAAAAGUAA